AUGGCUGACACCGGUCUCCCUCCAAACUGGGAGGUUCGCCACUCCAACUCCAAGAACCUGCCCUACUACUUCAACUCGGUCGAGAGAACCUCGCGAUGGGAGCCCCCCGCGGGCACCGACAGCGAAAAGCUCAAGCACUACAUGGCCGCCCACCACAGCGCCGGCUCGCGAUCGGGCGCCGCGCCUGGCGUCCCCGAGGGCAAGAUUCGUGCUGCCCACCUCCUAGUCAAGCACCGCGAGAGCCGCCGGCCGAGCAGUUGGCGCGAGGCUGAGAUUACACGAACUAAGGACGAGGCCAUGGAAAUCAUCAAGGCCCACGAAAAGACGAUUCGAUCUGGCGCUGCCUCGCUGGGCGAUCUUGCUCCCACCGAGUCCGAUUGCUCUUCGGCCCGCAAGCGUGGUGACUUGGGAUACUUUGGCCGCGGCGAGAUGCAGAAGGAGUUUGAGGACGUUGCGUUCACGCUCAAGGUCGGCGAGCUGAGCGAUGUCGUGUCGACGGCGAGUGGGCUGCACUUGAUUGAGAGAUUGGAGUAA